AUGGAAAAAGCAAUGAUCAAAUCCCACUCUUCACCCUCGGCCUGUGAGAUCCUCACCCCACUAUCACGGAACGGCACCUUUCCAAGCAGCGGAGUUGUCGCCGCGAUAGCGCGACAGCAAAUGCAGAACGCAGGCGCAAGUUCACCGGGGACCUCAAAGGCCGAGAUCCCGGACCAGUGUGAACAAACCGAGGCUAGUGGAUCGGUGCAGAGAAGCAACGAGUCUGUACAACAGGUGCAUGAGGUGGACACCAGCGGGGCGCGGACCUGGAGGCGUCUGAUUGUCGAGUAUAGCUAG